AUGCAAGCAGGUGCUGCAGUGGCCGUGACUCACCACUCGUCAUUCUCUGUCCACAGGGGGCCGUUCAGCGUGGUGCGGCGCUGCAUCCACCGGCAGACCAGCCAGCAGUUCGCCGUCAAGAUAGUCGACGUCGCCAAGUUCACUUCCAGCCCCGGCCUCAGCACCGCAGACCUGAAGCGGGAAGCGACCAUCUGCCACAUGCUGAAACACCCGCACAUCGUGGAGCUGCUGGAGACGUACAGCUCCGAGGGCAUGCUCUACAUGGUCUUCGAGUACAUGGACGGAUCGGACCUGUGCUUCGAGGUCGUCCGUCGAGCCAUGGCGGGUUUCGUCUACAGCGAGGCGGUCGCCAGCCACUACAUGCGCCAGAUCCUGGAGGCGCUGCGCUACUGCCACGAGAACGACAUCAUCCACAGGGAUAUUAAGCCGCACUGCGUCCUGCUCGCCACGAAGGAGAACUCUGCACCCGUGAAGCUGGGCGGCUUCGGCGUCGCCAUCCAGCUGCAGGACGGCCAGAUGAUCAACGGCGAGAAUCUUGUGAGAGAGAGCCGGCCAGGCCUGAGCCCCAUGGGGCGGCUGUAUUACAAGGCAGACCGCGAGGGGCGCAUCGGGACGCCGCACUUCAUGGCGCCCGAGGUGGUGGCGCGGCGGCUGUACGGCAAGCCGGUGGACGUGUGGUCGGCCGGCGUGCUGCUGCACGUGCUGCUGUCGGGCACGCUGCCCUUCCUCGGCACGCGAGACCGCCUCUACGAGUGCAUCUGCCGCGGCCGCCUCCACCUGGAUUCGCCUCAAUGGGAAUUCAUAAGUGACGCGGCGAAAGACCUCGUUCAAAAAAUGCUGACAGUGGACCAUACGCAAAGAAUAACAAUACAAGAAGUGUUAAAUCAUAGGUGGCUAAGGGACAGAGAUAAAAGUGCUACAAAAAUACAUUUAGCGGAUACAGUGGAAGAAAUGAAAAAAUUCAAUGCCAGGAGAAAGCUCAAAGGAGCAGUCUUGGCAGCUGUGUCUUCCCCAAAGUGGACUUCCUUUUACUCGGAUCCAAACAGUGAUGGGUUCUCAGAUUUUGGAGAGGAUGAAGUUACAUCUUCGGCUGUGAGCCUGGUUCUCGAUUCCCUCGACGACAUCCACUGUUUACAAGAAGCGCCCCUCAAUGACCGUGACUUCCUCCAUUCGGUUCUGGAGGAUCGGCAACUGCACGCCCUUCUCGAGCUGUACGACCGCAUCUCGAGCAAGGUGGUGAGCCCGACGCGCGCGCCUCCCAGCGACGCGGUGCAGAAGUGUCGCGAGGUGUGUGAGUGCCUGCGCGAGGUGGAGCGCGCCGCGCCGCCGCCCACGCCCGACACGCGCGCCGACAUCGCCGAGCUGCGCGAACUGCUGGCGCGGCCGCAUCUCAGGACAGCGGCGGCUACUUCAUUUCAGACUACAGCAUAG